UACAUUUUCGUGGCGAAAUCAUUUUAACACCGUAUCUGCUUAUAACUGAACAAACAAAUAAAAAUGUUUCAGUUUGGUGACCAAUCCGUCGACGUAAGCUUGUCUGAUGGAGUGAUGAUUGUAGCAACACCAGAGCAUCAAAUACUCGUAUCAAUUGAAAUUCGCCACAUGUUGAAGAUGACACCUAAAGAUGGAAAUUUGACCGUUUAUUAUGUGGAGAAGAAAAAAAAGAAAACUUUAAGCGUAAAGACGAUCUCUCUGGAUGCUGACUUUGACGACAUACAAAAUCUUUAUCGUGAUUUGGAUGCUAAAUUCAGAGGUCGUCCGAAAAGUUUAUUAGUGAUUAUUAAUCCUAACGCUGGAAAGAAGAAGGGAAUCAAAGUGUAUGAAAAGAUAGCAGAUUCUCUGUUUCAACUUUGUGGUGUUAAAGCAGACGUAAUUGUGACAAGAAGACAAAAUGAGCCCACGGAGAUUUUGAAAAACUACGACCUUUCAAAGGUAGAUGGGAUUGUCACAGUGGGAGGUGAUGGAUUAUAUUGUGAGUGUAUGAACGGAUUGGUCAAGAGGACACAACAAGACAACAAUAUAAACCUAAAUAAUCACAACGCUGAUAUUGUUUCGUCUUCUCUUCCUAUUGGUAUAAUACCAGCAGGCUCCGGUGACGUCAUCGUUCAAUAUCUCCAUGGAACAAGAUGUGCACGCACUGCUGUUUUGCAUAUCUUAUUAGGACACCAUGUUGAUUCCAAUAUCGUUAGUGUUCAUGAAGGAAGACAUUUAUUGUCAUACUCAGCCUUAGUGCUUGGAUUUGGACUGUUUGGUGAUAUGAUGCACGACUGUGAGAAGUUUCGGUGGAUGGGACCUUCCCGAUACAACAUCAUUCCAUUGGGAAGUAUGUUGAAGAGAAGAGAGUUUGAUGUAGAAGUGGAAUACUAUCCUUUAACACAAAAUGAAAAGCCCAAAACAGCACGUUUAUAUGGACGACAGAUAUCGUUACCAAAUGGUUUCUUAUCACAGCCAAAAUUCCAAAGAAAGCAAAGGACCAAAUCCUCUUCCGAUUUGAUGAAAGAAACUUCUGUUAAUGAAGAUUUGGUCAAAGAAGCAGGCAGGAUAUAUGCAGUCGAUUCCCAUGCUAUUAUGAUGAAAGAAAAAUCCGGCAGAAUGACGCCUCAUUUUGGUCAAAAUUCCCUGAUGGUGUAUACCACACACAAAUGCACAUGGUCAGACCACGUGUCACAGCUAACUAAAGUUAAAAAUGAAAAACCAGAUUGUUAUGAUUACAAAUUCGUAAGAAAACAUGAAGUGUCUGGCUACAGAGUAAAGUUACAGAAUGUUACUGUAAAAACCACUGGAAACAAAAAGGAACUUCAGAAAGACUAUUACAUCAACUGUGAUGGAGAAUGUAUCCGAUUAAAAGAAACAGUAUUCAAUGUCAAAUUGCACAGAAACGCAGUGAAAUUUUUUGGAGACUUUGCAGAUUGAAACGACACUCCCAUAUGUCGUGUGAACUAUCAAUUUGACAUAAACAGUCAUAUUUGGAACUCUCUUUCACACUGCGUGCAAGUAUACUUUGCCCAGGGAAGAGAUACCAUCGUUAGCUUACACAUAACUAGUAAGCAUGAUAAAUGGUGGUUAGUUGAUUUACAAGCGUUUGUGUAAUUGCUGAAAACAUAUAAAGGUUAUGAGUUUUGUUCUGUUGAUGAACUUAGAAAUAUGACUAUGAUUACCUUUUUCAAAUAAAAAAUGUACGAAAUGAA